AUGGCGGGCGAGGGCGGCGUGUACCGGCUUCGCUGCUCCCUGCUGGGGCACGGGCAGGACGUGCGGGGCCUGACGCGCGGCCUCUUCCCUCAGGGCGGUUUCGUGUCCGUUUCCCGGGACCGCACUGCGCGGCUUUGGGCUCCUGACGGUCUUAACAGGGGUUUUACUGAAAUGCACUGUAUGACUGGCCACUCAAAUUUUGUAUCUUGUGUGUGCAUCAUACCUCCAAGUGACCUCUAUCCUCGUGGGCUGAUUGCAACUGGUGGCAAUGAUCAUAAUAUUUGCAUUUUCACAGUUGACAACCCAGCUCCUCUUUACAUCCUUAAGGGUCAUAAGAACACAGUUUGCAGCCUUUCAUCUGGGAAAUUCGGUACAUUAUUAAGUGGAUCAUGGGACACAACAGCCAAGGUCUGGUUGAAUGACAGAUGUAUGAUGACAUUACAGGGUCACACAGCUGCAAUAUGGGCAGUGAAAAUACUGCCUGAACAGGGAUUAAUGUUGACUGGUUCAGCUGACAAAACUAUUAAACUGUGGAAGGCAGGCAGAUGUGAAAGAACAUUCACUGGACAUGAAGAUUGUGUGAGAGGUUUAGCUAUUCUCAGUGAAAUGGAAUUCCUUUCCUGUGCUAAUGAUGCUAGUGUUCGAAAAUGGCACAUCUCUGGCGAGUGUCUGCAGGUGUAUUAUGGACAUACAAAUUAUAUAUACAGUAUCUCUGUCUUCCCUCAAUGUAAAGGUUUUGUAACUACUGGAGAGGAUAGAUCCCUUAGAAUCUGGAAACAAGGGGAAUGUGCUCAAACAAUCAGACUCCCAGCUCAGUCUGUAUGGUGCUGCUGUGUGUUAGACAAUGGUGACAUCGUAGUUGGUGCAAGUGAUGGAAUUAUAAGAGUGUUUACAGAGUCUUUGGAACGUACAGCAAGUGCUGAGGAGAUUCAAGCUUUUGAAAAUGAGCUUUCCCAAGCAUCGAUUGACCCUAAAACUGGUGAUUUAGGCGAUAUUAAUGCUGAUGACCUUCCUGGAAGAGAACAUCUUAAGGAUCCUGGGACAAGAGAUGGACAGACACGGCUUAUUAAAGAUAAUGGGAAAGUAGAAGCAUAUCAGUGGAGUGUUAGUGAAGGAAGAUGGAUAAAGAUUGGCGAUGUUGUUGGUUCUUCUGGAGCCACACAACAAACAUCUGGAAAGGUUUUGUUUGAAGGAAAGGAGUAUGACUAUGUUUUCACUAUUGAUGUAAAUGAAAGUGGGCCUUCCUACAAACUGCCGUAUAACAUCACUGAUGAUCCUUGGCUGACUGCAUACAACUUCCUGCAAAGGAAUGAUCUAAAUCCUAUGUUUCUGGAUCAGGUGGCCAAGUUUAUUAUGGACAACACUAAGGGGCAAACACUGUUGAGUACAAGUGCUCAAUUUUCAGAUCCAUUUACAGGUGCUGGACGUUAUGUUCCAGGUUCUUCAUCUGGAUCAAGUACAAUACCUGCAGCAGAUCCAUUUACAGGUGCUGGUCGCUAUGUUCCUGGUUCAGCAUCAAAUGCAGUAGCUCCAGUGGGUGGGGUUGAUCCAUUUACAGGAAUGGGCGCCUACCAAUCAGCUGCUGCAAAAGUUGAAAAUAUUUAUUUUCCAAAGAAGGAUGCUGUCACCUUUGACCAGGCCAAUCCUACGCAGAUACUGGGCAAAUUAAAGGAACUUAAUGGCAGUGCAAGUGAAGAACAUAAGCUUACAGAAGAUGACUUGAUAAUCCUAGAAAAGUUAUUGUCUGCAACAUGCAACACCUCUGCAGAAAUACCUACAGCACAGCAACUUCAGACUUUAUGGAGAGCAGUUAACUGGCCAGAAGAUAUUGUCUUUCCAGCGCUAGACAUUCUUAGAUUGUCUGUCAGGCAUCCCACUGUGAAUGAGAACUUCUGCAGUGAAAAGGAUCAUGUACAAUUUAUCAUCCUUCUCCUUAAAUUUCUGAACCCUGAAGGAAAGCAAGCAAACCAGCUGUUGGCACUUAGAGCUCUUUGCAAUUGUUUUGUCAGCCAGGCAGGACAGAAGCUUAUGAUGGAACAGAGGGAUGAAAUAAUGACACAAGCAAUAGAAACGAAAUCAGGCAAUAAUAAGAACAUCCACAUUGCGCUUGCCACGCUGACAUUGAACUAUGCUGUAUGUUUACGUAAAGUCAACAACAUUGAGGGUAAAGCUCAAUGUUUAUCAGUAAUCAGCACAGUUAUGGAAGUUGUUCAAGAUCUCGAAGCCAUUUUUAGAUUGCUUGUGGCUCUUGGAACGCUAAUAAGUGAUGAUACAAAUGCUGUGCAAUUAGCUAAGUCUCUUGGAGUUGACUCUCAGAUAAAAAAGUAUGCCUCUGUAUCAGAACCGGCUAAAGUAAAGGAAUGCUGUAGGUUUGUUCUUAAUCUGCUGUAAUUGUUUGUUUUUCUUAGCACAUGGGAGACACAGUGUAUGCAGAAAAAAAAUGCUUUUGUUCAUGUUUUGUGACAGACUAUAAUUGAGAAAAUACUGGGGAUGAAUUGAACUUGAUUUGUUGCAAGGUACAGAGCAAAUAAAACUUUUUACACUGUU